AUGGCGCGCAAUCUGGACACCUGGCAGCGUAAUAUGAUUGUUCACAUGAUAAACAGCAAAAGCCGACUCACGACAUCACAAAUGGCCAAGCUUGCCAAAUGUAGCGAACGCUCUAUCACUAACAUACGCAAGAAGAUGCGGUUAUUUGGCAGUUCAAACCCUCCCACGAUCGUUCCCGGCCCACCACCGAGCAUCACUCCUAUGAUGCAGGACGCUCUUUGUGACCAACUUGCAGAAAGUCCUAGUCUGUAUAUCGAAGAAAUGACUAAAUUCCUUUGGGACGAGUUCAAUAUAGCACCGUCGUCAUCUAGCAUCCAACGUGCUCUUUCACGGGUCGGCUGGACCAAGAAGACAACUCGACAAAAAGCCAAAGAACAAAAUCCUCAACUGCGAGAUUUCUAUCAGCAUAAACUAUCCGAGUUUCGUUCGUAUCAACUUGUUUUCGUCGAUGAAUCUGGAUGUGAUAAACGGGUAGGACAUAGGCGGACUGGUUGGUCACCACUAGGAGUGGCACCUGUGCAGGUGGCCAAAUUUCAUAGGGGGCAGCGCUUCCAGAUAUUGCCCGCAUAUACUCAGGACGGAAUCUUGCUGUCUCGUAUAUUCAAAGGUUCAACGGAUGCGGUGCUCUUUGAGUCCUUUGUUAGGCAGCUCCUCCAGCACUGUGGGAGGUGGCCCGAGCCGAAGUCAGUGCUCAUCAUGGAUAACGCAUCUUUCCAUCACUCGAAUCGGAUCAAGCAACUAUGCUCUGAUGCAGGAGUCAGGUUGCUGUAUCUCCCCCGUAUUCUCCGGACUUUAACCCCAUAG